AUGGAUUCUUAUAUAGAUAAAAACCCGUUUGUUAUACGAAAUUAUACUAGCUUCAUAGAAGAAGUCGAAAAUAUAGUGCUGAGCAACAACUUUUCAGACCAUAUAAUAAGAAAAAAAACAUUAAAAACAAUUUCUGAUUGGGAAAAAGAUAAGGAAACAAAUUUUUGGAUUCUUAUUCGGUCUAUACACGAAAAUUUCUUAAUGAAAAAAGAAAUCUUUUUAUAUAUACUAGAAAACUAUAGAAAACAAAUUAAUAAUAUGCGUAACCCUUCAUUCUAUAAAGGAAUUCUAGAAGAUAUAAUCAAAUACAUUAAUUUUCAUAUGAAGUAUAUAUAUAAUAAUCCGGAAAAAUGUUCUAGUAAUUGUAUUAUGCCAAUACAAGAAACUCUUGGAUCCAUUUUAGCAAAUAAAGAAGUAAGCCUGUACUGUUGCUGUAGUGGAAUAGAUAGUCAAAUAGUUACAGAGAAAAGAGACAAUGAUAUACAACUUAAGAAAAAGUUGAAUGCUAUUCUUUUAAUACCAGAGGUGUAUGAAGACUUCUAUAAAAUACCACUGAAUGUAAUUAAUAAGUUUUUCACAGAAAUUAAUUAUGAAUUUUACAACUGCAUAACGAAAUAUCAUACAUUUACUUUAAAGAAAAAGAAUAUGAAAAUAUUAAUAUACUUAAGGUACAUUAUAAUAUACCUUAUAAGCACGGUCCAGAAGAAUGAAGUAGAAAUAGAAGAAUCAUAUAAAAAAGUUAAAGAGAUCAUAGUUACCGAGAAUUGUAACAAAAAUAUACAAGAGUGUAAUACAAAGGCGGUGUAUUAUUUGGUAUAUAACGUGGUUCAGGCAUUUUAUAACUAUUUUCCAGUGGUAUAUAAGCUAAGGAAAGUUGACAAACAGGAAAUUAAAAAUAGAAUUGCGCGUGUGCACAUAAAUAUUUGUUCAAACAGGCUAUUUUAUAAAACAUUAGGAGCUGCUGCAGUUGCAUCUCAAAAGUAUUUAGAGUUUACUGUAAAUUUUAAAAAGGUAUAUAAAAUGAAAGAAAAGGCUUUUAUUCUAGAGAUUCACAUACUAAAAAAUAAAAAUGCGCAUAUUUCUAAAGCAGACACACCUAUAAGCAUUAAAGACCACUAUCAUGUGCAAUUUGUAGACAAUGAAUCGCAUACAAUCCAAAUAAUUCAUCUUCCAUACUACCUAGAUAAACAAGAAAAUGGCGAAGUUAUAAAGCACCAGCUUUUUAGAAUUAAAGAAAUAGUAAGUUAUCUUAAACUAAUGUUUAAAAUAGGCCAAUCCAACGAUUGCGUGAAGGUUGGUGAUGUAUAUCCUUUCAAAUAUUGCAUAAAAGAUAAAACAUGGACCAUGAUGACUAAUGAAUCAGAUCUAAGCAAAACAGUAAAAAUGAUAGAAGAAGAAAAUUGUAAUGUAGUUUUCUAUUACAUAAAAGAAGACAUAUACAAAACUGAGCUCUGCUUUAUACAGUUUUUAUAUCCCUCUAAUCUAAAGGAAACGAUAACUGAUGUUAAUGCUAAUAUGCCUAGAGUACCGCUUUUUAUUUCCCAAAUGAUGUAUUCUCUGGUUUUGCCAAGGUCGUGUAAUAGUAACUAUAUUAAGUGCAAAUUAUAUAAGAAGGGAGAGUAUAUUGAUCUA